AUGGCCGCUGCCGCCGCCGCCGCGCUCGCCUCCCCGGCGGCCAUCCGCGCAUCGCCGGUGCGCCGCGGCCUCUUCAGCUUCGCCCCUGCGCUCCGCUCCGGCCCCGACCGCAGCUCCCGCGCCGUCGCCCUCCCCGGUGUAAGAACUCAUGUUGCGGCUGUGGAUCAAGCCAUUGUACAAGGUGAGACAAAGUUGGAAGGUCCUGUGGUUGUUGUUACUGGUGCUUCCAGGGGGAUUGGAAAGGCCACUGCAUUGGCUCUUGGAAAAGCAGGCUGCAAGGUCUUGGUGAAUUAUGCCCGAUCUUCAAAGGAGGCUGAAGAAGUCUCCAAGGAGAUUGAAGCAUCUGGAGGCCAAGCCAUUACCUUUGGAGGAGAUGUUUCCAAAGAGGCUGAUGUUGAAUCAAUGAUAAAAAUGGCUGUUGAUACAUGGGGAACAAUUGAUGUACUAGUAAAUAAUGCAGGAAUCACACGGGACACGUUGUUGAUGAGAAUGAAGAAAUCACAGUGGCAAUAUGUGAUUGAUUUGAAUCUUACAGGCGUUUUCCUUUGCACGCAGGCUGCAACAAAAGUAAUGAUGAAGAAGAAAAGGGUUGGCAAUGUUUUUCAUUGGAAGAAUUAUCAACAUAGCAUCGGUUGUUGCCUUGUUGGUCUUACUGGUAAUGCUGGACAAGCUAAUUACGCUGCUGCCAAGGCUGGGGUUAUUGGGUUCACAAAAACAGUUGCUAGGGAGUAUGCCAGCAGAAAUAUUAAUGCAAACGUUAUUGCUCCUGGAUUUAUUGCAUCAGAUAUGACCGCUGAACUUGGUGAAGAGCUAGAGAAGAAAAUUCUGUCAACUAUUCCCUUAGGGCGAUAUGGUCGUCCAGAGGAUGUAGCAGGUCUGGUGGAAUUCUUAGCCCUCAGCCCUGCUGCAAGCUACAUCACUGGACAGGUCCUUACAAUCGAUGGAGGCAUGGUGAUGUAA